AUAAUAAAUUAUUCUUUUCAUUUUUUGGCAAUUAAGACAAAAGGUUUUUUUUAUUUUUAUGUACUAAACUAAUUUAGUAUAAAUUUAGAUUUUGGUUUACACUAUAAAUGUAAAUAAAGAUUAUAUUUUUAGUUUAUCUUUAUAGUAUGUUAAUAUUUAUUAUUAUACUUUGGCUUGAUAUUAUCACUUGUAAAAGUAUAGACGAAAAUGGUUAUGUUGUAUAUUGCCCUUGUAUGGGUAGAUUCGGAAAUCAAGCAGAGCAGUUUAUUGGUGCCCUGGCAUUUGCAAAAGGAAUUAAUAGAACUCUGAUAUUGCCACCUUGGGUUACAUAUUCAUCUCGCAUGAUUUAUAAAUCACUUCAAAUUAACUUUGAUAGAUGGUUUAAAGUGAAUCCUUUGCAGUCAUACCAUCGUGUCAUAUUAAUGGAGGAAUUCAUGGAAAAAUUGUCACCUAAGAUCUGGCCACCCGAAAAAAGAAAAGGUUUCUGUUAUUCGUUUCGAAACAAUAAAGAAUGUGCUAUGAAAGAAGGAAAUCCAUUUGGUCCAUUUUGGGAUCAUUUCAAUAUAAGUUUUGUAUCUACUAUAGAACAUAAAGGAUUGCUAUGGAACACUUUAGGUGAUGCUUACACAAGGCAGGGCUGGAUUCAAAGGUUUCCUUCUUUUAAAUUUCCUGUUCUUGCUUUUCAAGGAGCACCUGGUAAUUUUCCCUCCUUAAGAGAACACCAAUAUCUGCAAAAAUAUGUGGAGUUUUCUGACCAGUUAAAUAAUCAGGCUGAUGACUACAUUAAAAAUGAGCUCAAUGGGAACCAAUACAUUGCAAUUCAUUUGCGUAAUGGGCAAGACAUGCUAGGUAUAUGUGACGAUCUUGACAAAUAUCAAGGUAGUAUAUUUUCAUCAGCGCAGUGUACUGGCUACGAUAAUGAGAAAAAAUUGACUCAUGAGAUGUGCAAUCCGUCAAAAACUGAGAUUAUUAGCCUUGUUAAAAAAUGCAUUAAAGCAACCAAGCUAAAUGUUUUGUAUAUUGCUACAGAUAAUGAUAACAUGUUGAAUGAUUUUAAAAAAGAAUUGAUACAGUUUAAGGUAUCCGUAUACUCAAGAAAAGGAUUAUUCGAAGAAGAAGUAGAUGAGCCUCUUAUUGAUAUUGCAAUACUUUCAAAGUCAAACUAUUUUAUUGGCAGCUGUUUAUCGACAUUCUCAGCUUUUGUCAGGCGACAAAGAGAAACACGGGGCAUUAGUAAUAACACUUUUUUUGGGCUUAAUUCUAUGAACAUUAAAAACGAACUUUAAUAAUGCUAUCAAAGUAUUUUAACUGUUUUUAGAUGUUUUAUUUAACUAAAAUAAAUUAAUAUAAAAUAAAUUUUAUUUAACUAAAAUAAAUUUAUAUAACUUUGUAAAAAUAUUUAUCUAAUAAUUUCGUUUUAUUAUGUUUUUGACUAUCAGAAUGAAAAAAAAAAUACUUGUAAGACUUUUGAAAUAAGGUUUACUUCAAGCUUGUCUGUCAAUGCAUUAAUAGGUAGCUAUGAAUUGGUGAAUGUGGCAAAAAAACUAGCCACUACAAAAGUACGAAAAAGGACGUCCUUUCAAAGUUAGGGACUUUAAUGUUUUUUUUUUUUUUGAAAACGUAUAAAGCAGCUAGUGUGUCUAUGUAUGUCAUAUACAGCCGAAAAAUUUAUAUCGCCUUUGCUUUUUUUUUUUUUUUUUUUUUUUAACCCAAUCAAUUAUUUAUAAUAUUUUAACUUAGUCGUAUUGCUAGUGGCAAUAUUUUUUUUUUACUGGUCAAAUGUGUAAACUUUUUUAUGAUAUUACUUAUCCAAUUAGUAUUUAUAAUAUAUUUAAUAAUUAAAUUAUUGAUGAGAUAAAAACGAUAUAUCUAAUUUAGUUGCAUUAUGUUGGAAUUUUAUCUUUGUUUUUUUAAAAGAGUUUUAUGAUA